AGUGGUCUGCUCUGUCUGCUUGGCUGUCUGCUGUUGCAAGUUGUUAAGUUAAAGGAAAGGUGUUUCUUGGACUCAUUCAUGUGGGGGAAAGAAAAAUGUACCACAUAUAUCUAAUUAAUAGAAGAAUAGCUGCAGUAAAAUAGCUAAAGCUGAAAUGAAAGUGGGAAUCCAUAAUCUCACACACAACCCUACUCAAGCAUGGUCAGAGCUGUCAAAGUCUCAAAGGGUUUUGAAGAUUCAUGCUACACCUCCUAAAAGAGGGGUUGCACCCAACAAGGUGAGAAUUGUUUGUAUGAGUGAUACACAUUCACUUACUUCUCAUAUAAAAUUUGAUGUGCCAGAUGGAGAUAUAUUCAUACAUGCAGGAGACUUUACCCGAUGUGGUAGUUUGGAGGAAAUCGUUGAGUUUAACGAAUGGCUUGGAAACUUGCCACACAAACACAAGAUAGUUAUAGCUGGCAAUCAUGAGCUGAGCCUAGACGAGAACUUCAUUAAGAGCAACGACAAAGUUCUCCCCUCAACUGUCCCAACUUUGGGCUUAUCUCGAAAUGCUAUUGCUGAAGCGAUCCGCACCCCAAACGCUAAGCAAUACCUGACCAACUGUACAUACCUUCAAGACGAGGAAGUGAUCAUUCAUGGCAUUAAAAUAUAUGGAACCCCUUGGCAACCAGAAUUUUGUAAGUGGGCCUUUAACUUACCUCGAGGAGAACCUUGUCUAUCAAAAUGGGAUCUAAUUCCUGACGAUACUGAUAUUCUGGUCAGUCACACACCUCCAAUUGGUCAUGGUGAUCUAUGCUGCACAGGUGUGCGGGCUGGCUGUGUUGAACUUCUUGCCACAGUUCAGCAGAGAGUCAAACCAAAAUAUCAUGUUUUUGGGCACAUACACGAAGGUUACGGUAUUACAUCAGAUGGGAAGAUAAUUUUUGUGAAUGCUUCGACCUGUGAUAUAAAAUAUGUACCCUCAAAUCCUCCUGUAGUUUUUGAUGUAAUAAUGCCGGUAGGAACUUCAAAAGCCUUAUGAACAUUGCGCAUAGAUUCAAGUUUGACCUACCAUUUUAUUAAAUCAAAUUGAAACACUAACAUUUGCUCUGCUUAUCUAGCAGCUAAUGUCAUGUCAGUACCCAUAACAAGGGUACCUACCGGAGGAUUAAAUUGCAAACUGUAAUCCUUUGAAUAUUUUUCCACAAUUAAAAUAUGAAGAUUGUUA